UCAGAGCUCAACUCGCAGUCACUCUCAGGAGGAAAGCUUUCAAGCAUACACAUUAGAGUCGGAUAUCUCAUACGUCUCGCGCAAGCCGUCAUUUAGUAGCCAUGAAGUUCUCCAAGCACAUUCGCCGCAUGGCACUGAGCGAAUGGAACCACCAGUACCUGGAUUACAAGCAACUGAAACAACAACUCAAGAAGGUCGCGAGCGCAACCGCCAAUUUUUCGUCGCACAGCACGUCCACUCGACUGCUGAGCACGGUUGAGGAUGACGCGCAGCUUGUGGCAGAUCAGACGAGGUUUUUGGCUGCAGAGGCCGAGUUUGUGCGCCUGUUCGAUGACGAGGUUGUCAAACUGAAUGGCUGCUUCACCGACAAGGUCAGAGAGGCGCUUACCAACUACAAGGCUCUGCGUCAUCAAGUGUAUCUCCUUGAAGAGCUGCGCCAGACGAUGGCAGAGGAAAGCACAGCUGUAGAUUCCGCGACGGUCGAGCGCAACAACCCAACAACCACAGCAAACCUCACGACGCCAAUUUCGGCAUUCCGACUGGACUUUGACGCGCACAGACCAGAGCUGGCCCAUCCGGCGUCGGCGCCCGCCAGUGCGCUGGUGGACAUCCUCAACCGCCGCUUGGCGCGCCCUGCACCCGUCGCACAACCCCGCGGGCGCUCGCAAUCCAUCCACUCUGUUAUUCCCUCAGCCAUGUCCGCAGAGGACUCGGAAACUCUGGCGGCAGCUGCCACCGUUAUUGCACAAGCUGAAGGCAAUGAACCAUCUUUGACCCUUGGGGAUGUUGACGAGACCCUGCCCAACCCGAACGCCGACUACAAGGCGUUCACCGCGAAAGAACGCGAGGAGCGCGAUCGCCCCAUUGUGAUUGCACUAACUCCCGGGGUACCGCGAAGCGAACGCGCUCGCUCGACUGCCGCAGGCAUGCCCUCCACCAGCACUGGCCUGACCUCGACCAAAAUGCCUGCCAGCUACGGCGCCAUCGCCGACACUGGCUCCAUUAACCAUGACGGCCCACCCACGCUGCGUCAGCGAGUGCUUCGCACCUUGCGUCCUCCUCCCAACCAGUACAAGUAUGCGCGCGAUCAGCUUGCCGCUGCAUUCCGAGAGUACUAUCGCUUCCUGGAUCUCGUCCGCGCAUACCACACGCUCAACCACACUGCGUGCUCCAAGAUUUUGAAAAAGCACGACAAGAUAACUGGCUUGCAGUCCCGUGACGUCUGUCUCGAGAAAUUGAAGCAGGAGCCAUUCAUGACGCUGCUAGAUGCGUUGAUUCCGCUCACGCUCGAGUGCGAGAAAAUGUACUCUUCAAUCAGGUUUGGUGGCAAUCGCAAGCAAGCCAUGGGUGAGCUCCGCCUGGCCGGAAAAGCCACAGUGCGACCCACGUCUGCAUUUCGUCUGGGUUCUUGGACGGGAAUGUGUCUUCCGCUGCUCGUCCUCGUUGCCAUCGCAGUCUCGGCUCGAAGCAGCAACCCCGCUCUUGCAGAUUUCACCCCCAUGUGGCUCAUGUAUCGAGGCAUGAUGCUGCCCAUCUUUAUGCUCUGGCUGGUGGCUGGUAACUUUUGGGUCUUCCAGAAACGCAAAAUCAACUUUGUCUUGAUUUUCGAUUUCAACCCCCGCGACCACUUGAACUUUGCGCAGAUUGCGGAGCUGGCAGCAUUCCUCACAGUCACCUGGUGCAUCAGUCUCCUGUGCUACACGUUUUCCGACUCAAUUACCUUCAUCCCAGGCCGGUACAACCCGCUGGCUCUCGCCGUGUUUUACGUUCUGUUCAUGUUGAAUCCGUUUAACGUCCUGCGGCGAUCUGCCCGCUAUUGGACAUUGAGGAUAUUUGGCCGUGUUAUUCUCUCGCCAUUCACCCAAGUUCGCUUUGCGGAUCUCUGGCUCGGUGAUCAGCUUAUUAGUCUAGUGACUGCUCUUCUCGACUGGGAGUUUUUGUUCUGUUACUACAUUACCGGGGCCACCACUUCGACUGACUGCGUGCACGUGUCCUCUGGUAUUCGCCCUUUCAUUUCUGUGCUCCCGGCAUUCUGGCGUUGCAUGCAAUGUCUUCGUCGCUACUACGACACUCGUGCGGUCAACCCGCACCUUGUAAAUGCUGGAAAGUACGGUGUCACAUUGCUGGUCAGCAUUCUCUCCUCCGUCGACAGUUCGAUUCGUGAAAAGGACUCGACAAUCACCUGGACCGACUGGCGCACUACGUGGGUGCUGGCCUCCGUCGCUAGUGCCAUGUACUCGUACAUUUGGGAUAUCAAGAUGGAUUGGAGCCUCGGCGAACGCGCGCACGGAUUUCUGCGCAAGGAGCUUGCGUUCCACCCAAAGAUUGUUUACUAUCUCGCCAUGUUCUUCGAUCUGGUACUUCGCCUGUUUUGGACGUUCACGCUCGCGCCCCAACAUGCCUUCGAAGGCGUGCUGUCGUCGCAGAUUUUCGUGUCAUUCCUGGCGUUUAUGGAGGUUGCGCGUCGUUGCAUGUGGAACCUGUUCCGUAUCGAGAACGAGCAUGUCAGCAACUGCGGCCAGUCGCGUGUCAUCGUCGACAUCCCUCUGCCAUUUGAGCGUUCGGAAAAUCGCGAGUCCGAGCUGUCGAAGGUCGCUUACAAGUACGACACUCUCCCUGACGAGGAUGCGGAGAUCAGCGUCUCUGUGACACAUCACGACUAGCGUGUGAUUGCCUUGUGCUCCUCGUUUCGUGUUUGGUUUUGCGUGUUCGGUUUUUGUGUGUUUGGUUUUGUGUGCUUGUGUUGCAUUGCAUGGGAAGUGUCGAUGUAUGUUUUAUUCAACAUGAUUGUUGGUUGCUGUUCAA